UAAGGCCUUGUGUCCGAUCAAUCGUUAUGUAUAUAUAUACUAUAACCAGUGCAGUGUUACAUCAUUACCUUCCAGUAAUUUGCUGAAGAUACCAAUGUUUCCAGAGAAUGGUUCCAUGACAAUGUCCCCCAGUGUAAGUCCUUUAUGGCUGCGAACAGAGAGCACAUUGAACCUUACCUGUGUCUCCGACGGUCGAACAGAGAUUUCCUGGUACAAAAAUAACGUGAAAAUGAACAUUGACUCGACGGCCGGGUUCAUAAUGACCACGAGACAAACGGUUACAACAACUACAAGCAAUUUGUGGAAAGUCGACGUCCGUAUCAGUGACGCUGGCACCUACAGUUGCUAUGAUAACCAGCAGCGCCAUCUACAUAGAACUAUUGACGUCAGAGUUCUGAAUGUGGUGGGGUCAGAUGUUACCAAACCAGUCGGGGACAGUGCGACGCUGAAGUGUAACCCGCAAAAUUUGAAACAUGAAGAUUUCAAAAGAGUAGAGUGGCGACGAAACUAUGACAGUCUUCCUUCUCACCAGCGUUCCAGGGUAAUCAAGAACGACAACUCCUUCUCUUUAAAACUAACUUCCUUAGACCAAAGUGAUUCUGGGGAUUAUGAAUGCAUAUUUACGUUUGAGACGAAAACUCCGGACGGUUUAGUGCAAGAAGCAAGCCUCUCCAAGAGGAUCCGAUUGGCUGUGCAGGUGUGUACGUCGUACGACACAGUGACCUGUGCUCUCUCUGGCAAUGUUUUGAAUUAUUCCUUGCCACCUUCCUUUGAGGAUACUGAAACUGUGUUGUAA